GCAGGGCCCGGUGCUAUUCCCAGGCAUUAUGGGACUCUGGGCUUCUCCUCUUCCCGACAUGCGCUACGGCCCGGAGUCCAGACCCGGAAGUUCCGGGCUGAUUCCUACUGCCAACGAGUCCAGUCAGAGGUGCUCAGGAACCGGAGAGAUGGCUAUGUCCUGCCCGGCGCUGUGCCUCUUCGAUGUGGAUGGGACCCUGACGGCCCCGCGGCAGAAAAUUACCAAGGAAAUGGAUGACUUUCUGCAAAAAUUGAAGCAAAAGACCAAAAUUGGAGUGGUAGGCGGUUCGGACUUUGAGAAGGUACAGGAACAACUGGGAAAUGACGUGGUGGAGAAAUAUGAUUAUGUGUUUCCAGAAAAUGGCUUGGUAGCGUACAAAGAUGGGAAACUCUUAUGUAAACAGAAUAUUCAAGGUCACUUGGGUGAGGCCCUAAUUCAAGAUUUAAUCAACUACUGUCUAAGCUACAUUGCAAAAAUUAAACUCCCAAAGAAAAGAGGUACUUUCAUUGAAUUCCGAAACGGGAUGUUGAAUGUGUCCCCUGUUGGAAGAAGCUGCAGCCAAGAAGAACGCAUUGAGUUCUACGAACUCGAUAAAAAAGAAAAUAUAAGACAAAAAUUCGUAGCGGAUCUGCAGAAGGAGUUUGCAGGAAGAGGCCUCACGUUCUCCAUAGGAGGCCAAAUCAGCUUUGAUGUCUUUCCUGAUGGAUGGGAUAAGAGGUAUUGCCUGAGACACGUGGAAAAUGACGGUUAUAAGACCAUUUACUUCUUCGGAGACAAAACUAUGCCACUUCCAGGGAAAUGGCACCCGAGCUUUUGUCAUAAAAAGCCAUUUCCUUGGCAGGCACUGAAGAGCUGCCCGGCAGCCCAGAGAGCAGUGAGGAGGCGAGGCAGUGGCCCUCACUUUCCCAGGGUGGCAAUGACUACGAGAUCUUCACAGACCCCCGAACUGUGGGCUACACUGUGACAGCGCCCGAGGACACACGCAGGAUCUGUGAAGGGCUCUUUUCUUAAUGCAGAAGAGGAGGGGUCCUGGCCAGGGAGCCUGGAAGGUCACUGGGGAGCAGAGCUGUGGCCCCUCAAGUAUGUGCACAUCAUAGGGACCCCCAUCCCCCAGCCUGCUCUAUGGCAGCUGCUGGGGCAGAAAAAUCACCCCACGUCCCCACCAACUCGUGCCUCUACCUCCAAUGCCAAAGCAGCCAGAAGGGAGAAGACUCGUCAGCGCUCUGGGCUGGAGUAGUAGUUCAACCUUAAAGUGCUUGUCUAGGCCAGGUAUUUAGCUCAGCGGUACUGACACUUCUUGCCUUGCAAGCCCAGGGUCCCGAGUUAAAAAUCCCCUGGUACCAAAAAAAAAAAAAAAAAAGUUGGAAGACCACUACCAACAAAGGACUGUCCAGUCCGAGAUCUGCCUGCUGUCCAUUCAUAGUACACAUGGGUUUAAACUGGCCAUCAUUCUAGAAUAGACGUGCCUUGGCCUCCCUCUCUGUGGGUCUUGUGAAAAUUUAACAGCUGCUAACGUCCAGAUCUCCAUGUUGACACAAAGGAAAAUCUGAUGUUGAGAGAGAAGACAGGCCAUCUGCAGCAACCCUGCCUGAGAGGAGCGACUAGAAGCUGGGGUUGUGAGCUCCAGUGACUGGUGGCACCGAUUCCCAGCCACUUAGA